UGCAAAAUCAACGUGGAUACUGAGACCUAAUUUACAUGGUGGUGCGAUUAAAGGAGAUGUUGGGCAGUUCAAGUAGAGAGACUAAGAGACAUAACGCAGACUCCUCGCCUUCCCAACGUCAAGUAUUCGCCAACGAUCCGUUCGAAAGACCCUGCAUUUCACAAGAACGGACCUCAGCGGACUUGUUGAAUUCGGUUCGUUUUCAUGUAGUCUAAUCCGAAUGUUCCAAUCUAGACACAGACGAAGAGCUCGGAAGUGCGAUGCCAGGAAAGACACAUUUAUUCCAGCAUAGCGAAGCAAAAAGCAAGCGAGUUGUAGACUAGCUAACACAGCCCAACAGACUCCUCGCCAACAAGGCACACAGGAUCCACAGCCUUUGCAAAUAGCCUUCAAAAUUGUACGAACCACCGACCCGUCCCCUCGCCACGGAAACAAAUCACGACAGAGGAGACACCAGGUACUGAGACGUCCGCCUUGCUCUUGACACGGCCUGACACUCGAACGGCCGCGUAGCACGCGCAGCUAUGAGCAACAUGGGGAAGAUCGUGGCCGUGUCG